GCAGUUUACUCUAGGAGGAGUGUCGUGUAUUUUUGUAGCGUAGCCUCGUAGCAUCGAAAGGGACGAACAGUUAGCACGGCUGCCAACUACUACUAUAUUUUCCUUUGCACUCAGGACUCAUCGUGAUUUGACAGUAUGAACGGUGAUAAUGCAGCAGCUAGAGGGAGAACACCUGCGGUUACGGACAAAGUCGACAUGUCAUUAGAUGACAUCAUUCGGCUGAAUAAGAAAGAGCAACAGAUACAGAGGAGACAGGCCACAGUGACCCACAGACCAGUGAAAAAGAAAGGCCGUCUGACCCAGGGAAAGGGCUUCACAACCAGGACAGCUGGACCUGUGCAGAGAGGAGGAGGUGUGCCCCGAGGAGGAGCAGCUAAAUUAAGAAACAGGAGGGUCCCUCCCCCACCUGGCCGACGGCGGGGUCAGGGGGUUAUCACCGGGCUGGCAGCACGGCGGCCCGGGGCCCUGCUGAAGAGAGUCGGUACACUGAACAGAGCAGCAGUCAACCAGCAGAAAACAAGGCCGAAAACGAAGCCCUUCAUCCAGCAUACCGAGGCCCCGUACAGGAAGCCAGACGCUCAGAGGCGGCCGUACCGGCAGCCCGAUACCCGCAGAGGACAGAACACAGCGGCGGUCAAGAGACCCUUCCAGCUGAGACGCCGACCGCUGCCGCCGGUCCAACAGAGUCAGAGGGACGCACGCCAGGCCACGUUUCUGUUCCACAGAGGACUCAAGGUGCAGGCCCAGGUGGCAAAGCCAAGCCCUCACAGUCCUCCAGUCAGAAGUCGUCAGUGGCGCACAUCAUCAACCAACAAUGGAAUCUUGACUGUUUCAAUUGACAACCCCACAGCCAGGACUCAGCCUGAGCCUCCCUCUGCUUGGACCCUGCAUCCCCCAGCAGCCAUUGCGGCGCCUCCGAAGGUGGAAACGGUGGAGAAGAAGAUCCCAAAAGGAGUGCCUCUGCAGUUUGACAUCAACAGUGUUGGGAAACCGCAAACAUCGCUCACCCUGAACGAGCGGUUCCGCAUCCUCAAAGAUCAGCGCACCACCACAGCACAGAGCGACAAAGGCAGCAGAUUUGUUACCGUUGGUUAGACGGCAAGAAGAUUGUGAGGCGAGUUACCCAGAAGCCCCUUUGUCCUGUCCUACACGGUGAACCCCACCUUCCCGAGGGAGGGGACGAACUGACACACUGACUUUACUAAGGAAAGGGAAGAUAACAAACAAGUGUCGAUGGAAGAGAGGGUUAAAAUAUGUUCCCAUUCAUUGUCCAUAUCAUUGUACUCCACUGUUUGUGCUGUGGAUGUCCUAGCCCGAGAAGGAAGGAACUUUUCCCUCUCCGAUGGCCUUGGAACUGUUGACACUAUCAUGAAUACUGUUUGGACGGCUCUCUGUGGAGCCGCUAAGGGUGGCACGUAUGAUCUCUAAACCCUUUUUUUUUAGAAUUGUUUUGUAAUGUUUCUUGAAAUAAAUGAGAUUUCUCUUCUAGGA